CACCCUUUCAGAGCCCGUCCCUCCGCCGGCAGAUACAGAGGGGACACUAAGAUGUUAUCUAGGAGGCUAAGACAAGGACACUAAGACGUUAGCUAGGAGGCUAUCACUAGGACACUAAGACGUUAGCUAGGAGGCUAUCACUAGGGCACUGAGACGUUAGCUAGCAGGCUAACACUAGGGCACUGAGACGUUAGCUAGGAGGCUAACACUAGGGCACUGAGACGUUAGCUAGGAGGCUAACACUAGGGCACUGAGACGUUAGCUAGGAGGCUAACACUAGGAUACUAAGACGUUAGCUAGGAGGCUAACACUAGGGCACUGAGACGUUAGCUAGGAGGCUAACACUAGGGCACUGAGACGUUAGCUAGGAGGCUAACACUAGGAUACUAAGACGUUAGCUAGGAGGCUAACACUAGGGCACUGAGACGUUAGCUAGGAGGCUAACACUAGGGCACUGAGACGUUAGCUAGGAGGCUAACACUAGGACACUGAGACGUUAGCUUAGCUAGGAGGCUAAAACUAGGAUACUAAGACGUUAGCUAGGAGGCUAACACUAGGGCACUGAGACGUUAGCUAGGAGGCUAACACUAGGGCACUGAGACGUUAGCUAGGAGGCUAACACUAGGGCACUGAGACGUUAGCUAGGAGGCUAACACUAGGAUACUAAGACGUUAGCUAGGAGGCUAACACUAGGGCACUGAGACGUUAGCUAGGAGGCUAACACUAGGGCACUGAGACGUUAGCUAGGAGGCUAACACUAGGGCACUGAGACGUUAGCUAGGAGGCUAACACUAGGACACUGAGACGUUAGCUAGGAGCCUAGGACACUAGGGCACUGAGACGUUAGCUAGGAGGCUAGGACACUAGGACAGCUAACUGACGUGAACGACGCCUUCAAAAUAACUUCACCGGCAAUGCUAAGAUAGCUGCGUAGGAAAUAGCUAAGCUAGUUACGAUGUCUGAAUCAAAUUACAGUGGGUAGAGAAAUUAAGAAGCGGUCCUAAAAUGGACAUGUUUAAUAAACUGACAACCCUUUUCCAGCAGGCACUGGAGACGAGGGAGCCAUCUAUCAAUCUGCUGGACUCAUUUAUUGAUCACUGGAAAGGAAUAACCAACUAUUACAUUGAAACUACAGAUGAGAGUCGGCCAGUAAAGCAGACGGAUAUUCCAUGGAGACUGAGGCAGAUGCUGGAUAUCCUGGUGUAUGAGGAGAGGAGGCAGGAGGAUGAGGAGACUGGACCCUGUCUGGAGUACCUGCUCCAACACAAAGUGCUAGAGACCCUCUGCACACUGGGGAAGGCACAGUAUCCGCCUGGAAUGAGCCAGCAGGUCCUGAUAUUUUUCACUAAAGUCCUGGUCCAGAUCCAGAAUCCAUUGCUCCAUAUAAUCAAUGUCUAUCGCCCAGUACAGAAGCUGAUUCAUUUGUGCGGCCUCCCCCACUCCCAGACAGAGAAAGAGGAGGCUCAGUUUCUCUUUGCCAUUUGUUCCCGAGUGAAGAAAGACCCCCACAUCCUUAACUACAUCUUAGAGACUACCAAGGAAGGCAAGCCUCAAAGAUCCAGCUCCGUGUCGGAGGACCGAGUAGAAGAGGGGGCCAGCAGAGCAUCUGCUCCAGAGAGUCCGCCCUCUCGGAGCCCCGCCCAGCCGGGUAUCAUCCAAGUCCUUGCCCACCUGGCGGGGAGCCAGAAAAGGCGAGUUGCCCUGCGGGCGAUGGAAAGUGUACUGCUCCUGGCGAGUGUCCCUCAGGUGGAGGCCGCUGAGCUGCUGUCCCAGCAUACCCCCCUGUGCUUCCUGCUGGCACAGAGACUGUGUCAUCUCUACAGCUCCAUUCCCAACACACUCGACCCUGCAGACCUGCACAGCUACGCACUCAAGCAGUGGAGGGCUGAGGUGUCUCAGGGCGGAGCAGGGGACAGACCAUCGUUCCCUGGCCAGGAGCAUGUGGACCGCUUCUUCUCCUGGCUCGACUACUGCGACCAGCUCAUAAACAAAGCCCCCCAGGUAUUUGCUGUUAAACUUUCCUCAGCUCUUCACCAGCAGUGGCUCACGGGAGUUGUCCAGCCCCAGCUGCUACAAGUGUCAGAGGUCGUUGUGCUGACCCACACUGCCCUGCUGUCGUGUUCCGUGCGGUACGUCCACUCUGCGGCCCUGCUGCACCAGAUGGUGCUCUUUCUCCUGGGCAGCGACACAGACCCUGAGCAGCGGGCUGACACACCCCCACAGCCACCCGUGCUACGCUACCAUCUCAUCGAGCAUUGCGACCACAUCUCAGAUGAGAUUAGCAUCGUCACAUUACAGCUGUUUGAAGAGCUCCUGAAGAAGCCAAAUAGACACAUCCUGACCAAUCUUGUGCUGCGGAAUCUGGAGAGCCGCUCUUAUAGGCUGCCAGGGUCAGGGGGUGGAGACGAAAGACUGGGAACAGAGCCUGAUCUCUUGGAGGAGUCUGAUGAACUGGAGGAGGAUCCCUUUGUCCCAGGCAUCUACGCAGACGGUGGGUUUGGCGGCUCAGAGCCCCUGCUGUGUCUCUCCAGCCAUAAGGGGGAGAAGAGGUCCAGUGCGCACACACAGAUAGCGGAGACGGUUAACAGUUUUCUCUGUUUAGUGCCUCAAGAGGCUAAAACAUCUCACCUCGUGCAGGGAGCAGGAUGCGAGACAUACGUGCACGAUGCUCUUAAAUCGUUAAAAGAGUGCUCGUCUCUGUCUGUGGAGUGGGGCUGGCCAGACACACCCAAACCCACUGACGUCCACCUCUCUGCUGCAGACUUCUAUGAAGGUCACUUCCUCAAAGUGCUGUUUGACCGGAUAGCACGCAUCCUGGAGCAGCCGUACGUGCUGAACCUGCAGGUGACGUCGGUGCUGUCCUGCCUGGCCGCCUUCCCCCACCCCCACCUGCACGAGUACCUGCUGGACCCCUACAUCAGCCUGAGCCCCGGUGCACGCUCCCUCUUCUCCACCCUGGUCAGGGUGAUGGGGGAACUGAUGCAGCGUAUUCAGCACCUGCCCUCCUUCACCCACAGAGUCGUGGCAGUGAGGAGGCAGCUAAUGGGCCUUGACGAGCAGACCAUGACAGAUCAUGGCACCCUGUUAAAGGGAGUGAUCGUGCUGGAGGAGUUCUGUAAGGAGCUGGCAGCGAUCGCCUUUGUUAAACUGCCGUUGGGAGAUCGGGAACAUCACGUGGGCUCCAACCCUUAAAUGAGUCAGCAAGCUUCAGGACUGCACUAGAAGGACAAUAUCAGCCAGGCGUGUUCCUCAGGUCUCGUGACCUGCACAGGCUGAGGUGGAAUGGCGCUGCAGUGUGCAAUACAUUGGCAUGUGUCACUUUAGGCAAAUUACAGGUACUGAAAGCAUAUGAUUGGCUCAAAGCUAGUCACAUGCUUCAUGCAGGAGGAGCUUCAGCCUUUGACCAGACUGUUUUCGAAAAAGGUGGCUUUAGACUAUUGAAAACCAUAAGACAUACACAACUGUUGUUACGUAAAAAGAAUUACAGUACCUUUAACAAUUGCACAGACUUUUACUUUGAAAUACUAUAAUGAAUGUUUUUCAGCUUCCUGUGAGAAAAGGGUUGUAAUGGUGCUAAAGAUGAGUACAGUAGUGUCAGCUGUGUGCGGUAGGUGGUGGAGAAUGUCAUCGCACAUGUCUGUGCAAAGCUGCUUGUUUACCAGGGCUACACAUGUCGGUAGGAUGGCACGCUCAUCAGACGAUGAUGAAAUGACAAUGCGAUUUUUCAAGCUCGCAAAUCACUGCACAGAUCAAAAGAAAGAACUUUGUAUCUUUUGGACCGGAUACAAUAUGACAUAUAUUUUGACAUAUGACAUUAUUAGUGCUGAGUCAUAAUCUACAACUGAAUACUCAAAUUCAGAUUUGCGAGGGUCACAGCACUCCACAGUUUAGUGCUUGCAGCAUUAACAUGUGAACGCAUCAACAGACAUGUAUUUAAUGUGUUGGAUACUAAACAAUGAAUGGUACAGUGUAGCUGCCCUCCAGGACUGCAGUUUUCAGACACUGAUCUAGAGAACUCAGCAAGGUCCUGGGCCAGAGACAAACAUGGUUUGCUGAUUUCUUUGCUCAAACACAACUACUGAGCCUGGUAAUUAACUGAUGACUUGAAACCAGGUGUGACAGAGCAGCUCCAGGAAUGUCUUGGGGUCUCUAAACUAGGGGUGGCCAGUUCCAGUCCUGGAGGUCUGCCGACCUGGUGUACUCAGUCAAGACCUUUAGUAGCAUCUGUGUUGAGCCACUGCACAUUUUUUAACUCCCUGAACAUGUUCAGUGUGCUGUCUAGGUAACCUUGACUUGUUUAGCUAAAACCUCCAAGCAGAAAGAUCACUGAUAAGCCAAUGGAGCAGUAGUAAUUUCAGUACAUCAGUAAUAAGCCAGUGGAGCAGUAGUAAUUUUAGUACAUCAGUAAUAAGACAAUGGAGCAGUAGUAAUUUCAGUGCAUCAGUAAUAAGCCAAUGGGGCAAUAGUAAUUUCAGUGCAUCAGUAAUAAGACAAGGGAGCAGUAGUCUUUCAAGAUAUCACUAUUAACCAAGAUGCAAUUUUAAAAAUUAACUUAAAAUGAAACCGGACUCCUUCCUGUCCUCCACUCUUGCAUUAUUAUAUGUAAAAUUAGUAUGUAAAGAGAUAUAUUUAUCUUUUAUCUAUCACCUUUCUUAUAAGUGAUAAUUUGUAUAUGGACAUGCAACUAUGUGUAUUUUAAUUGCACAAAUUGAACCAAAAGGCAAGGGGUGUGCAAAAACAUUUGUGUGUGUUGUGUGGAGUAUAGGUCUGAAUUCUCUUAUUUAAUCACCACUUUUCUCCGAUGAAUUUGUUUUCUAUGGAAAAGAAUGUGGCAGUUUAUUAAAGGUGUAAAUAUGGAACAUGAUCAAAUGAACCUGCAUCACUAAAAGGUUUUAUUAUAAAAUGAGUGGUGUGACUCUUGAUACAAGGCAUCUCCCUAGUAAAAAAAACCCUGCUUUUCUGUCAUCAGUAAAUCAAUAAAUACAUUUCAAAAAUU